AUGGCAAAAAUUAGGAGCUUCAGCGAGCUCUACUGUUUGGUGGUUUCCUACGCUACCAUGCCGACAAUUUGGUGCCAGCCAAAAGGCAAGCAAGAAAGAAAAGAAAAAAAAGGCAUAAAAAGUUCUCGAAGAAAAGCGAAAGCCAAAGCGAACAAGGACAUUGUUAUGUAUAACAAGAAAUUCAUUUUCAUACAAAUGCCACAAAAUAUUCAAGCAACAACCGAUAAAAUGUCCAUUUGUGAUGUGAGGGCAAAGCAUUUUGAAUUAAAAGACACACAGAAACAACAACGAGAUAGAUAUUCCCCACCCCCUUGA